UUUUUUUCUCUUUGAGUUCUCUGCUUCUUCUUUGCAGCUUAAUCGAAUCAUAUUCCCAUUCCAUUUACAGUUUAUAAUCGAACCAUAUUCCUUUCUUCUCUUCUAUUUCUUGUUUUCUGUUUUUUAUUUUAUUUUAAAAUCUGAGUGUUGAACCGGUCCGGUUUUGUAAACCGGCCGAUUCACCGGUUUUUACCGGUUUCCGCCGAGCCACGCCGGUUUGAUUGCAUGGCCGAUCCAAUAAAUAGAUCGAACCGGACACCCCACCGGUUCAUGGUCCGACCGGUUCAACCGGCCGGUCCGAUCCGGUUUUAAAAACUAUGGUUUCUAUUCAAAAACAAGGAAACUAAACUACCCGGUUUUUUCAUUUGAACCGGCUGGUUUUAAUUACCUUACCUGGUUGCUUGCUAUUCGCGAACCCCUAUUUGGAUUUUUGAUUCAAUCGUUACCAAUUUGUUCCAAAAAUCAAAACCAUGGAUGCGCAGGCAAAGAAAAAAGCAUUGUUUCGUGCCAAAUUGAACGCCCAGAAGAAGGACAAACGCAUAGAUUCUCCCCUUGUUAGGUAUAAUGAAUUUGAUCAGCCUGUUUGCCGAGUUUGUGAUGUUGUUUUGAAGUCCGAGUCCUUGUGGGAUGCACAUCAAGUUUCUCGAAAGCAUCGUGAGGCAAUAACUAAUCUUAAAGCUAAUGCUGCUGGGUUAACUAAGCAAAGCAAUGCAAAACCUGAUAUUCCCAAGGCUAAACCCGAGCAGCCUUCGGGCUCACAGUUCAAAAUUCCCAAGAGUCCACAAGAAGUGCCUAAACCUCAGUCGUCAUCAGUUCUUCCACCAGAUUUUUUUGACAACAAUGAUGCAAAGAAGACAAGAUCUGAAAAGGACUCUGUCCAUUUAGUGGACUCAGAUUUAGGUAGAAACAUGGGGGCUUCUGCUCAAAGUUCGGUGUCAAACUCAAAAGAGAAAGAUCACUUCCACGGAAAUAAUAAUCCUACACAGUCAAAGGUUAAUCAAGCAACAGUGGAGACUAAGCAGACAUCAGUCAAGACUAUAGAUGCAGAGAUCAAGCAAGGAAAAGGAGCUCUGCCUGAAGGCUUUUUUGAUAAUAAAGAGGCUGAUUUGCGGGCACGUGGCAUUAAGCUCGUUAAGCCAGAUGUCAAGGACGAGUACAAGGAAUUUGAGAAGUUGAUUCAAGAAGACUUGCAGGAGGUGGAUGAUCGGAUGGAAGAAGAAGAGAUUGAUGCUGCAGAAAUGAUAGAAGAAGCUGAAUCUGUUGAGCAAAGGAACUUAAAGGAGAAAGUGGAAAUGUUGAAAAGGAAGAGAUUGGAGCUAAAGGCUUCUAAAGCAAAGCUUAGUAAAUCUUCCGGGGUUGUAACCAAGGAAGCCAGACAUGAAGAUUCAUCCAGUGAUGAUGAAAGUGGUGAGAACUUUGCUGUGGACUGGAGGGCACAACACUUGUGAAUGCUUGCUAAAUUUUGCUGUUUGUUGAAUUUCCAACAUGGAAUAUAUAAUUUGUACAUUCACAAUCACAUUAUGCAUGUAUAAUGAUUUUGAUUAUCAUCGUCUUGUCUAACUUCUAACUAAAGUGCAAUUAUUUUAACUCCCCUAUUUCUGAAUUUGCUUA